AAUUUUCCCCUGGUCCAUCUCACCAACUCCAUUCCACUCCUCGUGGCCCUUUCAGGCGCGAAAGACCUCAAAAUGACGAAUGCACACAGUAUUCCGCUUCCACAAGAGAGCGAGAGCUGCAACAAGACCCUUGAUGCGAUUAUUACAGCCCCCGUACUCAGCAUCCGCGCCAUGCUCUUCUCUCUCUAUGCUGAGGGAGACCGCGAUCUGAAGUCGCGCAUCGAGAAACUGGCCUCCGACUUCACAAAUCUCCCAGCUUGUGAGGAUCCUGACGCGCCCAGGAUUGCAGCUGGAACGGAAGGGACCACGACCAGUGAGGAGCACUCAGACAAGGAAAGAGCCACAGAGCACCUGCCGAAAGAUCAACAGAAGGGAAAGGAAACAGAGGUGGUGCCAGACCUCAAGGUCUGUGACCAUUGUUUCGAUGAUUUUGAUGCAAACGGAUACCACGAGCAGGACGAAUGCUGCUACCACGACGGUAAGAUGGUAAUUGAGCAUCAAUCGAACAUCUGGGAACUUGAACUGGGCGUCAAUCCCAUGAACUUCACGGCAAUGGUGGGGUACGACACAGCCUACUACCGUGCUCAUUAUCCAGAUGCAUUCUACUGGGACUGCUGCGGACAAGUUGGAAGCAACGAAGGCUGCAUCUACGAUGUACACAGGAGCAGACAUUGA